AUGUUAUUUCUUUCUAUUCUUCUUCUAGCCUUUGGGCUAGUCUGCUCUGCUCACCCACUUGAAGAGCGACAGUCAAGGACAACCGAGCCCUUCAAGCUUUAUGCGUAUGGCCCAGGCAUUAGCGGACUGCCUGUUUUCUAUAGGAACGUCACCGCAUCCACUGGAAACACCUUCGUUGCACACCCUAGUGACAGCACCAGUUCUGCCGAGGACUUCACUACCCUCCCGGCCAAUACCAACAUGUUGUGUCUAGACCGAGGCAAUACGGACUCCAACCCAGUCGGAUUCACCGGCACGUCCGCGAGGGAGCAAUCCAACACAACUAGGCUUAGCAACGUGUGGUCCACGUACGGGAGCUACGUCCUAGUCACUGUGACCGGGGCCAACUUUUACGCGAGACAAACUGGCACGGACGGCUUGUACUCUCUGCUUUGGAGUAGCUCGGCUGAGGCGAUGACGGAUACUAUACCGCUAGUGCUGCGGACUACUGAGCCGGCGACGGCCUCUGUGUUGACCUAA